CAGAGUAUCAAGUUUGACUUUAAUUACCAGUUUACUGUAAUUUUUAUAAAAUUUCCUCUUCAGUUAUUUAUGCAACUAAAACUAUGGCGUAUAAACUGAUAAACAAUUGAAAUGUAACAAGGGAUGGUUCAAAAUUCAUUCGCUUCUAACAUGCUGCUUGCUAUCAGGAGCAAUUGGAGCGGUAUCAAUUUAAAAGUCAACAAUGCAACCGUAUCUCUCGCAUACCCUUUACGUAUAUCACGAUAAUCAAGUGAUUCAAAAUGCGAAACUGUGCUUAUCGACUGCGUUUGUUAGAUUGGGCUCAAUGGAAUCAACUGCAAUUUUAUGCUUUUAUGAUGCACCAUAAUCGAACAUCAACAUGUAAUGUCAUUGCGUCGAUCACGAUUUUGUCGGAACAGGUGAACAACGCAGCCGCGGCCGAAAGUCGAUCGAAUAUUUUGGACUUGACGGUUUGAACAAGAAAGAAAUCAUUGUUGAUAUUUGGAAACAGCAGCGGCCGGCUGUUGUUAAAACAAAAACGAUUCCCAUAAAGGAUUAGGCAUGGGAAAUUCGGCUACCAAGCUCCCGGCCCAGGACCUCCGGGACUACCAGGAUCUUACGUAUUUGUCCAAGAAUGAAAUUGUCAGAGCAUUCCGUAGGAUGCAAAGGGAGGUCAAACUCGCUGGACGUAAUCCACAGCAGCCUUCCGAAAUGUUUCUGCGCUUUGAAGAUCUCGAACGGAUGCCAGAGUUUAUGUUCAACCCCUUCAGAGAUCGAAUCUGCUCGGUAUUCAGUUCCCGCAAGGACAACACUCUGACCUUUGAAGACUUUCUCGAUGUACUUUCGGUGUUCAGUGAAUCUGCGCCGAAGUCUGUAAAGACAGCGUAUGCAUUUAAAAUUUAUGAUUUCAAUGAAGACAGUCUUCUUGACCAAAAUGAUCUGGCCGAAUUGAUCCGCCGUUUAACUAAUCCGGAACAGCUGGGCGGCCUGCACGACGAAGAAAUUCAGAAAAUUUGCAAAUACAUCAUGCAGGAAGCCGAUUUGGAUGAAAACGGUUACAUCUCCUUGACAGAGUUUGAGCUGGUUGUGUCAAAGUCGCCCGACUUUGUGAAGACGUUCUGCAUUCGAUUUUGAGUUUGUCCAGACGCUCCUAUCGUCUACAUGAUACAUUCUGUGCUUUCGCAUGUAUAAUGGGAUGGAUAAUCAGCCAUAUUUUUAGCAUUUUAACAUUUUAUGUACAGUGCCCACAGUACUUGCAGAUUUUAAAGUCAAUCAGAUUUUCUCGCAACAAUUGCAAAUAAUUUAUUACUGUAAAUGGAGAUAACACAACACAGUAUUUCGGUUAGUAUCUGGACAGUUUUUUCGAUUGAAUUUAACGCUGCAAGUGAAAACCAUGUGUUGUUGUCGAAUUAUUAUACAGUACUCCUAUAUUCACUAACAAUUAAAAAAAAGACAAACCAUAUUAAAGAGUGCGCGAGGAAAA